UAUGUGUAUGGGGAAAGAGAGAUUGACCUUCCUAGAGUCUGAUGAGGAGAUUCGUGCAUUUUCAUUAAGAAGAAAGCAAUCUCUAUAUUUUAGAUAGUUAAACUUAAGCUUCACGAUUUUCCAGCUCUGAAAAGAAAGCUCUUCAAGUAACAACUUGGAGCUGGAGCUCCUUAUAGCUGUAGAUCUCCUUUUUAAUCUCAAGUUGGAAAUAAUUCAAUAGUGUCUUUGAUUAGAGAAGAGGAGAAACUUCAAGAUUCUUGGGAGAUAUCCAAAUCAUUGUAAGAGAGAUUCAGCUUCGGCUUUCAUUCUCAUUACUGUAACUUGUUUCUGGGUUGAAAAUCCAAGAAAAAAAGAGAAAUUAAGUAGUAAUAAAACAGGAAAAGAUCAUUGUUCAAAGAUCCUAUUUGAUUAAGAUGGGAAGAUUAUGCUUUCCAAAAUGUGGAUUGAUGAGAAUAAUGUGUUGGCUGCAAAUCAUAUUAGGAGGUCUUGUUAUUGUUGUAAGCUUGGCAAGUCUGUACAAAUUUUACAAGUUAGGGUUUUUCCUACACAAUGAAGAAAUCUGCCACUAUUUUUAUGGGGCAAAUGAUGUUUCUGAGGGGUUUGAUGUUAGAGCAUUGAACGAUCGAAUAGGCCAAGUGCUUGAUAGGAUGGAAAAAUUACAAGAAAAGCUAGAACAUUCUGUGCAAGAAAUGGAGAAGCAUAAAGAUGUUUUGGAUAAAACUAGUAUCACAAACCUAGAACAUAAAAAAUUUUUAGAGCAGGAGGUGAUUAAACCUCUCAGUAGUGCUCACCUUGCGCUAAGGCAGAUUCGGUUGCCUUGGAUUAGUAACUCAACAAUAAAGGAAGAGCCUUUGAUUAACAACUUCAUUGUAGAGGAGAUUAGGAAGUAUAUAACCCCAAAAGAAAACAGAAUUGGGAAGAUAAAUAUAUAUGGAACUGAAAGAAUAUAUAAUACAAUAGGGCAUGCUUGUGUUUUGAUGAAGAAAGAAUUGGAAGGAUACAUGGAUUAUGAUAUUGGAUCUUAUUGUAAAGACGAUUGGAACCUUGCUCAGAAGCUCAUGGUUAGUGGAUGUGAUCCUUUGCCGCGUAGACGGUGCUUAACUAGGGCUUCAAAGGUCUAUCAGAAGCCAUAUUCGAUGAACGAAUCUUUAUGGAAAUUGCCAGAUUACAGAAAUGUGAGAUGGAGUAACUAUCAAUGCAGGGAUUUUCAGUGCUUAUCGAGCAAGAAUCCGAAGAGGGGUUAUUCAAAGUGCACCGGUUGUUUCGAAAUGGAGAAGGAAAAGCUCAAGUGGGUAACUAAUACUUCACUUUCUGUUGAUUUCUUGAUUACAGAUGUUCUGGCAAUCAAGCCUGGAGAGAUUCGAAUCGGUCUUGACUUUGGUGUAGGUACGGGGACUUUUGCUGCUAGAAUGAGAGAAAAAAAUGUUACUGUUAUUUCUACAGCACUAAAUCUUGGUGCUCCAUUCAGUGAAAUGAUUGCACUUAGAGGUCUAAUUCCUUUGUACGUCACGUUGAAUCAACGGCUUCCAUUUUUCGACAAUACGAUGGAUUUGAUUCAUACUACUGGGUUUAUGGAUGGGUGGAUUGAUUUGUUGCUAAUGGAUUUCAUUCUCUUUGAUUGGGAUCGAAUUUUAAGACCAGGAGGAUUGUUAUGGAUUGACAGGUUCUUUUGUAAUAGAAAGGAUCUUGAUGAUUAUUUGUAUAUGUUUCUUCAAUUCAGGUAUAAGAAACAUAAAUGGGUUAUUUCUCCCAAGUCAAAGGAUGAAGUCUAUCUUUCUGCAUUGCUAGAAAAACCUCCUAGAGCUAUCUGAUGUAAUAGAAAAUUUUCUCUUCCAAGUUUUCAUUUUCCUUUGCUUUUGAACUUGUAGUAUUUUAUUUGUUAAAUCAUACUUGGAGAUUGUUUUAUUUAAGGCCCGUUUCCCAUAUGUAACCAACUUUGAUGGGCCAAUAUUGCGUAUAAGAGUUCACCAAUUGGGCCUUAGGCUUCUAAAUUAGAAACUGAUGUUAGCAUUUAGCCUAAUCCAGAUUCAAGUAUUUUGUUAA